ACAUAAAAAGGCUGCGCCCUAUCCCCCUCGGAUCUAUUGCAGGGAAGCGCAGCUUCACAAUGAACCUGCUAGCAGCUGUCCUCAUUCUCAGCGUGGCCUUGUUGAUCUUCACUUUGACCCAAAUCGCUCGGGCCAGGCGGAAUGCAGGCAAGACCCCGAAGAGUUUGCCAUCGUGGCCACUGAUCGGGAGUUUGCUGAGUUUGAGAAGUGAUCUACCACCUCACCUUCUGUUCCAGAAACUCCAGAAAUCAUAUGGGAGCAUGUUUUCCUUCAUGCUAGGCUCCCAUUAUGUGCUGGUGAUCAACAACUACGAAUAUGCUAAGGAAGUCCUGCUGAAAAAGGGCAGAAUCUUUGCGGGGAGACCCAAUAUGGUGACUACCAACCUGCUCUCCAGAGGUGGGAAAGAUAUUGCAUUUGGAGACUACAGCCCCAGCUGGAAGUUUCACAGGAAGCUUGUUCAUUCAGCUAUAUACCUGUUUGGUGAUGGAUCUGCAUCUUUAGAGAGAAUGAUUUGCAAAGAAGUGCAAUCGAUGUGCAGUAUGUUUGAACAUUACCUUGACUCACCGUUGGAUAUAAUACCUGAGGUGACCCGAGUCAUCACCAAUGUCACCUGCAUGUUGUGCUUCAACUCCAAGUAUGAGAAAGAAGAUCCAGAGUUUCAGAAGAUGCUGGAGUACAGCCAAGGCAUUGUGAAUACUGUCGGAAAGGAUACAUUAGUGGACAUCUUUCCCUGGUUGCAGUUAUUUCCCAAUGAAGAUCUCCACCUUCUGAAACGAAGCAUUGCAGCUCGAGACAGUAUCCUUCAGAAGAAAUUUGAAGACCACAAGGCGAAUUACAGCAGUGACUCUAUAAAGGACUUGCUUGAUGUUUUGAUCAAAGCCAAGAUGAAUGCAGAGAAUAAUAACAGCUCCAAGUAUGAGGAAAGACUGACAGAUGACCAUCUGCAAAUGACCGUGGCAGAUAUUUUUGGAGCGGGGGUGGAGACCACAUCUAUAACCCUCGCAUGGACAAUUAUUUACCUGCUUCACUGUCCUGAGGUACAGAAAAAAAUACAAGAAGAAAUUGAUAGCAAAGUUGGAUUAAACAGGACUCCUCAACUGAGUGAUAGAAGAAACAUGCACUUUCUCAAUGCAACUAUCAGCGAAAUCUUACGGAUCCAGCCAGUCUCACCUCUCCUACUUCCACAUGUGGCUCUGGCAGACUCCAGUAUUGGUGAAUACACAGUCCCCAAAGGUACUCGUGUCAUCAUCAACCUCUGGGCUAUUCAUCACAAUGAACAGGAAUGGGAAAAUCCAGAUGCCUUUGAUCCAGGCCGGUUCCUGGAUAAAGAUGGGAAACACAUUUACUCGCCUUCCACGAGCUACAUCCCUUUUGGUGCCGGAGCCAGGUCUUGUCUUGGAGAGAUCCUGGCCAGGAUGGAACUCUUCCUCUUCAUAUCUUGGUUUCUUCAGCGCUUCACUAUCAACGUUCCUCCGGGUUAUCCCCUGCCAACUUUGAAAGGAAACUUUGGGAUUGUCCUACAACCAGAAAAGUUUAAAGUUCAGCUCAAGCUCAGGAAAGCCUGGGAAAAUAGCAAGUAACCCAACUGGAGGGCAAAAUGGUUGGCCCAGCUGCAACCACUCUUCAUAAAACAGCUCCCUGUGAUGGGACAAUGCAAUCAAUUGGAAAUCUGCUGAGCACCCCAUGGGACUACUCUUGCUCCUGUUACAUUCUUAUCACGUCAUCCUGGGCCCCAUACCUGCUCAGCAUAAUCAUUUACACAUUGCUAGGCACUUCCGUUUAAAAAGUGUGUUCACUCCUGAUGUAAUUUUUAUCCUAGGAGAUAGCAAGAACUGCAGAUGCUGGAGUCAGAGUCAAUACAGUGGGGAGCUGGAGGAACACAGCAGGUCAGGCAGCUUCAGAGGAGCAGGAAAGUUUCGGGUUUACACUCUUCAUCAGGACCGUAAACCCGAAACUUUCCUGCCCCUCCGAUGCUGCCUGACCUACUGUGUUCCUCCAGCUCCCCACUGUAUUGACAUAAUUUUCAUCCUGUUUGGAGUGGCUGGCAAACAGUGAAGCAUUGUAAGAAUAAGUCAUGAGAAGGGCUUUCUGAGUGGCUGAGAGGGGACAGCUUCAUGUUAAGGCUAAAGAUAGGGUCUACAGAAUAUUUCACUCUAGGUCUAAGCAGGAAGGUGCUUGGAAGUAACAACACAUUUGGGUCAAGUUUUCAGGGAUAAUUUUGGGAUUUGUUCCAGAUGUGACCCCUCCUGUCCAAAACCAAAUACCACGUCUCUGGAGAGUAUCCAUUGCUCCAUGAUAUGAUAUUAAUUUCCCCUUCCCUGAUUGAAAUUGCCCCUUUCGUGUCAGUUUCACACAGUGGGUCUCCAUCUCUAGUCUCGAAUCAAGUCGCCUAAGUACACUUUAUACAGAUACCGUUCCUGGCAGCACGUACAAUAGACUUCUGUUGGCCUGUGAUCAACACAAAACCCACAGAUCAGAGAUGAAGGCUACUCUGUUCAGAACAAUGUUCCCCAAGACAAAAUUCUGAGUGAAACUAAUUUCGACAAAAGCAAACCCACACUCCUCCCCUUUAGAGGAGGCCAGUGUUCAUUGCAUAUCCUUAAUUGCCCUUGAACUCAACGGCUUCUUGGGCCAUUUCAGAGGGCAGUUGAGAGUCAACCACAUUGCUGUGGGUCUGAAGUGAAGAGGAGGCCAGACUGGGUAGAUUUCCUUCCCUAAAGGAAGUUAGUGAACUAGAUGAGUUCUAAUGACAAUUGUUACUGUGUCAAUAUUAGAGCAGCUUUUUGUUCUAGACUUUUUAUGCCUUUUUGCCUCUUCAGAAUGUGUAGGUUGUGAGAUUUCCUGUUUCGUAAAACAUCGUGCCCGUAUUAAACUCCCUCUUCAAUACAAGCAUCUAUUGGAGCUUCAAAGAGCCUUUAUUGUCCUGGAAAAUUACCAGUGUGAAUUUUAUCAGUAACAUAGCUGUUUGUGGCAAUGCUUUUAUGAACCCAUUGACAUAAUCAGAUCAGAUUUCUAGACAAUGAAGGUUUAGGGUUAGAUUGUGUUGCAACAGCACGUUAGAUCAAGGGCAAUGUAACCAGCACUCUGUCUUUGGGGUAUUACUGAAGCUCUGUGUUCAGAGGGACCUCAACCUCUUGUUAGUUCCUGAUGAGCCUCCCAGACCCUCCAUCCAAACUUUAACUGCGCAGAUAGCAGAAAUAAAACAUUUCUCUAUUUUCGUCUGUCUUAGCGCUCUGUUCUCUUCGUUAGGCUAGAGCUACCACAGAAAGCCCUUGGUAUAAAAAGUGUAUAAUGAGUGCAUGUUAAUAUAAAUGCUGCAAUAUUUAUAGAUUGGAAUAACUUUUCUCCUCUGAUUAAUAUACUCGGAUGAAUGUAUUGACAGUAGUUUUGCUGUUCAGGAUGUCAUACCUUAUUCUUUGUAUAAAACGAACUUUCCAGAUUGA